AAAAUAAAAAUCCCAUUCUUGAAUCAUCAGACUUGUUCUUAAAUCAAAGCCCAGGUGUGUACUAAUGGUGAAAUCAAUGCGACGGCAGUUAGGACUGAAGCAUUCAAACAAGAACCGCUUAGGCUCUUCAAACCGCAACAGCAAGUUGGACCUGCUUGGAGAAGAUGGUUGGGUUGUAGUUAAAAAGCAGAGUCACCAUUCUUAUACCACCAUUACCUUUGACCAAGAAAUCAAAAAUGGCAAACCAGAGACCUGGUCAAUUAGAAGCCACGCCUGAAAAUAAAGUGGAGGAUCAAUCAAGGCUCCCUAUUCAAAUGUCGCCCAAGUUGCCAUAUGUGUUUGGAUGGGAGAAGUCGACUCCAUGUGCUCGUAAAAAAGGUAUUGAAAUUGCUAGAAGAUCUCCUGCUCAGCAAAUUUCAACUUCAGCCAAAUCUUCCGGUUAUCGAGUGGAACCCAAGAAUCCAGGUGGAGUGGUUAUUUCAAAAUCUCAUAAAAUACAUAGAGUGCCUGAAGCCUCAAAAACUAUCAGGAGCCUGAAAUCAAUUCAUUGUCCUAAUGUUGCCUUUUCUGGGAGCAUGUUACUGAACCGAAGGCUGCGAGCGUUAAAUCUUGAGAGGAAGCUUCAACAAGCUGGUGGCCUGAUCAGGUGGCUAACAUCAUUAGGAUUAGAUCAGUUUGUAAGGAUUUUCAGGCCAAAAGUAUCAACAAAUUCCACCGUCUUGCUUGGAGGCCUUAUAAGUAUUCCUGGUGGACCUAGUUACCUUUCAACUGAUGAAUUAGAAGGUAGAAAUGGAAGCAUAUAA